GUCGUGAUUUAGACUCCUGAUUCUCAUGAUGGCAGAGCGCGUUAACAUCCAUCUGCAAAAAUCCACCAAGGACAAACUUGAAAAAUUCAAACAGAUAAGAGGUAAAGAAGUUCAGUCUGAUGAAUUCUGGGAUCUCGUGGUCAUCACUGCAGUGGAUGAAGACCAGAGGUCUGCUUAUGAAAUUCAGAUCACUGACAAACUGGAGAGGAAAGAACUGCCUCUCGGCAUCAGAUAUCAUGUGUUUGCAGAUCCUCCAGGAUGCAAGAUUGGUAAUGGUGGAUCAACUUUACAUUCACUGCAGUGUCUACAUGAUAAAUAUGGCAAGUCACUGUCAGGAUUUAAAGUCAUCCUUAUCCAUGCAGGUAUUGUAUUAAUCUAUAUAAUAUUCAUCAAACCUCAUUCAUGCAUUUUGUUUAUUGUUAAUGAGCUGUAAUGUACUAUUCAAAAG